AUGCGGAGAGUGGACCCCGAGAUCUCCAUUGAGAACUGCCGGAAAUAUCUGGGUCACUUCGGUCUAGCUGGCGACUUGGCCCUGCAGCCUAUCGAGACGCUGAGUGGAGGUCAGAAGUCUCGAGUCAUCUUUGCCCAAAUCGCCUAUAAGCACCCUCACCUGCUGCUUAUGGAUGAGCCCACGAACCAUUUAGAUUUGGAGACUAUUGAAGGCCUUGCCCUCGCCCUGAAUAGGUUCGAAGGUGGUGUCGUUCUGGUAUCCCACGACGAGCGUCUGGUAAGCAUGGUAGCUGAUGAGCUGUGGGUGGUCAUGCCUGGUAGUGUUACUGUUUUCGAAGGGACCUUUGAGGACUAUGUCGAUAUGCUCAAGGACGAGUUUGCGAAGAAGCAGCUUAUCGGCGGUGGUCGCAUCAAAACUCUGCGAGAGUGA